AUGAAAAGCGCAAAUGUACCCACAGAAAAUGUGUUGUCACAAGUCACCCAUUUGACUCCUGUUGAUGUUUCGGAACUUCUUGUGCGUCGUGGGGGUGUCGAGCCUGUUAUUUCACCACCUCGCGCUGGGGUAUACUUCGGGCAGCUGCCUCAUGGUUUUGGGCGAAUGGUGAGUGAAACGAAAAACCAUUGCCUUCAUUGGUCCUCGCAUGAUGUCACGCGGUCCCCAGCUGUUUGUUUUCCGGUUGUGGGUGACAUUCUCCGGCGUGAGAAGAGGAGCGAAAUGAUACAACUUACUCAUAAAGAUGGCGCAACCUCCUUUUUCGCUCCACAAAAACGCGAGCGCGGACGCAUUGAAGCAUUGUUGUUCUUGGGGAGUGCUGAAGGCGGCCACACUCAAAUGUUUCGACCCGUACACAACUCGUGGAGUUUUCAUGCACAGAUGCUGACAGGAACUGAGCGCAACGGCCUCUGUACCACUUCUCAGUUUAUGGAAUUAUUCUUAAAGAAGCUCGUGAUGUGGGUUUUCUAUUAUCUCGCACGCACUUCAGCUACAUAUAUCACUAUCUAUAAUUUGGAAAUGGCCUUUCCUAUACUGACUGCAAUAUCUUUGCAAGACCGUCGCUACCUUGUGGAGGAGGCGGCGAAUCGUUUUGCGCUGGGGAUGCUAUCCUACUACGAUGAUCGUAUUAUAUGCCGGCAGCGUCCUCCCGUAAAUGCAGUCUUAUUGCUUUCAACGGAAGAGUUACGUAGUGUGACCUCUGUUGAGCAAGCGUCCGCUGCUUUCAUAUAUCGUUGCCAAAUGAAACAUAACACCAUAUUGAGCGCAUUGCAGUACAUUAUCGAAUAUUGGGGUAAACGAAGCACUGUCUUUAGAUCUUCAGUAAUCCAGCAAGCGGUUUCCAUUAUUCUGUCGCAUGUGUCGUGCACGUACUCUUUGCUCCCAGCGUUGGGAGCCAAAUCGUGGAUUCGAACCUGUACCUUCAGACACAUGCUUUUACUGCUUUCACAACGUGGAGAGACCCUUGCCACAAGCAUUGUCUCAACUCUUCGAAGUUCGAGACCCCUGAAAGCAUCGCGUUGUGCUGAAUUUAGUAAAAUGUUGGAGCAACUUGUGCUAACCGAGCCUCUCGCUGUUGGGCCGGUCAGUGACACUUCAGAAAUGCACGAAGUAGAGGAUGUUUUCUUUCUCGAAUCCGUCACCCUGGAAUCCAAUCCAAAUACCAAGACGGUGUGGAAGGCAGAAAAGAAUACGUUCCGCUUCGCAUCGGUGCCGUCUGCCGAUAUUCCGUCCGUAUCCGAUAAACAGCUAAUAGGUAAUAGCGCUGAUCUGUUGUUCGCGACCGCGUUGUAUUCUUGCGGUCGAUUACAAUUCUCUUUGCCACUGCUAAAAUGCGCACAUGCGAAGGCGGAAACGUGUCUCAAAUUGCAUCUCGGCGGAGAUCUUUUCGUGGACUCCGAUAGUGAUUCUGAAAAGGUCGUGUGGCGCUCUCUGAGGAUGGGUAAACGAAGACGUAAAGGUUAUUAA